AUGAUUAGUGCUCUAAACUGGAAUAUAAGGGGCAUGAAGUCCCAAGCGGCUACUGAAAGGUUAAACUUCCUUAUUACUCAAUACAAAAUCUCCUUUUUAGCUAUACAAGAACCUUUCAUUAAGGAGGACAAAAUUAUUAGCUUCAAAAAUAAGCUCAAUAUGAUUGAAUGUUUUGCCAAUAGUAGUAACAAAAUCUGGCUUUUUUGGAACUCUGAUAUUACAUGUAAUGUAUUUGCCAAUGAAGAUCAGAUGGUUACCUGUAAGAUCAUGGACAAUAAAGCUGGGAAAGAAUUUUAUAUCUCAGUGAUCUAUGCUAAGUCAAGGUCCUCUGGAAGGGAGGACUUAUGGAGGUACAUGAGAAUUUUUGCAACCACUUUAAACUCCCCAUGGGCAGUAUGUCGUGACUUUAAUAGCAUUCUCAAUGGUGAUGAAAAACUGGGAGGGCUUCCUCAUAGACUGGAAAAGAGCAUUCCUUUCAUUGAAUACAUAAAUGAUUGUGGUCUGUCUGAUAUGGGAUAUUCUGGAAGCAAAUAUACAUGGUGCAAUGAAAGAAAGGAGCAAGAUAUCAUAUGGAAGAGGUUGGACAGGUUCUUGGCCAAUGAGCAAUGGGAAGAAUGUUUCUCCAAAACAUCCAUACUACAUUUAGCUAGAUAUAGCUCUGAUCACUGUCCCUUAUUGAUUAAUAUGAUGACUGAGGAGGUAAAUGCUAUAAGAUACUUCAAAUUUCUAAAUUUUUGGGCUGAACAAGAGGAUUUUCUUAACAUUGUGAAAGAGCAGUGGGAGGUUGAUAUUACUGGGAAUAUUUUCUAG